UUGUCAAAUUAGUCAUCUGAUUUGGUUAAAUAUAGUGUGAAUACUGUUGAAAUUUGUUAAUUUAGAGUAGAUUGUCACUCGAUAUUAUUAGGACCUGAAUAACAGUUGAAGAAGGACGCUCGACGCACUGAUCUGUGGAAUAAAAUAGACGGGGAUACAUAAGCAAAGUGCUCUGAAGUGCGAUUCUUGAAACCUUUAUAACUGAGGAUGGGAGAUGUUGCUUUGGCAGUGGUAAUAGUCAGUGUAUUGACUCUGACUUUAGCACAGACCAGUGAUGUCAAUCAGUUUGAAUACAACUACUCAUUAAUGCGAAAUGCACUUCACGAAAAAGAAGAUAACUUAGCAGGAUAUAAGCAAGUCUACACAGAGGAUGAACAGAUUGUGUACAGUUAUUUUGAGUACUUAAAAUGGAAAGAAUUUGAAAGAACGCGCAAUGAUUUCCCGCCAGCAAGACCACUCAAACUUCAUAUAGAUGACACAAAAAUGUCGGAAGUAUACAAGCUGCUUAAAAAAUUUCCAAAAGGUGGAAAUAUUCAUUUGCAUCAUAAUCACGUGGUCAGCAAGCAAAAAAUGCUUGAGUUAAUAUUUUCCAGUUUUUUAUACGACCAUUUAUAUGUCAAAGCUAGUGCACCUGCUAUGUGGAAUCUAGAUUUUUUCUUGAAUCCUCCUCAAGGAUGGAACAAAGUCAAAGACAAUCCUGCAUAUACAAAAGAUAUUCUAGUAAAGCAUGCAACACUCCUUGGUGUAAUUGACACGAAAGCAACUAACAAUCCAACAAACAGUGACCAACGAUGGAAAGAAAUGAAUCCUUUGUUUGGUGUUUUGGGUUCUAACAUCAUCAAUCAUGCAAAUUUUUCAAAGAUUUAUAUGAACGCAUUACUUCAGCAAGCAAUGGAUGAAAAUGUUCAGUAUUUAGAAACUAAAUCUUCAUCAUCUAACAAAUUGUACGUGUUAGAUCCAGACAGAAGCUAUUUAGUAAAAAAUGGAAAACGCUUCAUUGACAAUGACUUGGGUGAGCUGGAAUUACAAUUUACAAAUGAGGUUGUCCAAAAGUUCAAACAAAAUAAUCCAAACUUCGUCGGAUACAAAAGAAUCAUUAAUUCUUAUCGCGGUAAAGAUGAACAAUAUAUUUUGAAAAAUGCUAAAAAAGCGUUGACGUUAUUUGAAAAGUAUCCUGAUUUAGUAUCGGGAUUUGACCUUGUGGCUGAGGAAGACAAAGGGUAUUCCCUUUUAUUCUACCUUGACGAUUUUGCGAAGAUGGCAGCUCAGAAUGUCUCAUUGCCAUACUUUUUUCAUACAGGAGAAACAAACUGGCCAGACGAUCUCCUUUCUUCACCACAUAACGACGAUCCUGUUCCUACCAUGGGGAAUGUUUACGAUGCAAUUCUUCUUGGCGCCAAAAGAGUAGGUCAUGGAAUAGGUUAUGUGAAACAUCCUUAUCUGAUGGAAGUUUUGAAAAAGAAGAACAUUGCAAUAGAAGUAAAUCCAACUAGUAACAAAAUGUUAGGUUACGUUGCAGAUCAGCGACAUCAUCCAGCCAUCACCUAUCUUCGGUAUGGAAUACCUAUUGUACUGGGUUCCGACGAUCCAGCUACUUUUGGCUAUGAUGAAUUUACCGUCGACUGGUAUGAGGCUUUUAUGAGUUGGGGACUCAAUCUGGCCGAUCUACGACAUCUAUCCUUUAAUUCCUUACGUUAUAGUUCUCUCUCUAGUUCAGAGAAGAAUGUGGCGUACCAAAAAUGGAAACUUUCAUAUGACAGUUUUAUUCUAAAUACAAAGACAAUUGCAUGUAAACACACAUUUCAAAACACUUCUCCACACAUUUUUAGAAUUUUUCCACAGGAAAGCGAUACGAAAGGUGGAACAAAAAUCCAGGUAUUUGGAAGAAACUUUCACGUUGCUAUUUGCAAGAAAAUAAUAUGUAAAUUUGGCGAUAUAAAUACAAAAGGAACAUUUGUAUACAGUCACAGAAUAAUGUGCUACUCUCCAGACUUGUCUCACGGAAAUACAAUACAUUCGCGCGUUGUACCAUUGACCAUCUCCCUCGAUGGUGGUUUAACGUACAUACAGAACACAUUUACUUUUUCGUAUUUUCAAAACAAUCACUUACCAAUUCCUGAUAUUUUUGGAUAAUGAACAUAUGCCAUUUUACAAGCAAAGACAAACGGUCAAAUGGAUUAGUACAGAAAUAUCUGGUUACAGACCAUCGCCUCUAG